UUUGUGUGUGUGUGUGUGUCUUUCCAGCCGUGCUCUACAAGUAGACUACAGAUUAGACUACAGUGUGUAGACCCAGCGGUGUGUAGACUGGUGUAGUGUGCAUGUAGACGUGGUGUAGUACUGUGUAUCUCUGUGUAUCAGGCUUUACUCUAGGCCAUCUAUGUCCGUGUGCAGAAGACUUUAGCAAGAUGUAGUAUGCUGCUACCGCUGCUGUUGCUAGCUAAGCAAUCCUCUCACUCUCUCCUGAUUAAUAUAUGUGUAAUAUAUAUAUAUAGAAUCACCCCUAGAACACACACACUUAUUCCUGUUCCGGCUCCGCUCAAAACCACAAGAAGUUAAUGUUUAUUUUUAACACCCUCCAUAAUAACUGUCCAAUUCUACCUUUCAAAACACCCGGAAAUAAAAUUCUCAAAGAGAUAGCAGAACAAUUGUAGAAUAUAGAAAUGGGCUAUGAAUGCAUCACUCUAGAUAGCCGUUAUAGAGAACAGUUACCUGGAGAUAGCAGAGGUCUAUGAACAUAAAACACUUCUCCCAGAACGAAUACGCUGAAGUUGAAGAACAACCAGUUACUCUUUUCUUCAGCAAACUGUUUCAAGAAAUGUUUCUUAAGAGGCAUCAAUAAUUCCAGCACAUCUUAGAGGUAGAGCCAGUAGGCCUACUAUAGUUCUCCUGUGCUCUUCAUUCAGGAGAAGAACUUUGCUAAGGAUUUAUAACUAAAGAAGAGGAUCGUUGCAGAAUCUUGAACGUGAUUAUACCAUCCAUAAUCCGCUCGUCUACCAGCAUUUAACAUCUCUCAGCUACUACCAGUAUCUGGAACUUGCAGAACACCCACUUCCCUAGCCUCAACCACCGAAAUUGACCACCAUGGACAACGUUACCGUCAAUUCCUACGUGGAAAAUGAAACGAAGAGCACUUUACUGGACACCGCCACCAGUGAACUUGACGUCCAGGUGACCGGCAUCGUUUUAGACCCGCUGGGCUCCACAAACGAACCUGAAACCACCUCCAUAUACCGGAGGGCGCCCAUAGCCUCACUGGAGUGCAUGGAGGACUUGACUGGCUGUGGAGGUGAUCAUGUCUCUACCAGAAGUGACUCCCAGGCUAUCGUCUCCAGACAGUCAUCUCUGGUCUCCAGUCUACGAUACAAGCCACUUGGCAAGUCUGGUCUCCGAGUCUCUCAGCUGGGUCUUGGUACCUGGGUGACAUUCAGUCCUCAGGUGUCAGAGGAGACAGCAGAGGAGAUCAUCACAGUGGCUUACGAGGCCGGCAUCAACCUCUUCGACCUGAGUGAGGCUUACAGUGGAGGUCGAGCAGAGGUUCAACUGGGCAACAUUCUCAAGAAGAAGAACUGGAGGAGAACCUCGUAUCAUGUCAUCACUAAGGUCUACUGGAACUCAAAGAAAGACCGAAUGAGACGCGGGUCAGAGACAAGCAGACGGAGCGAGAGUGCCAAUGGUUCCAGAGGAGACGAGAGAGGACUGUCAAGGAAACACAUAGUGGAGUCUGUCAAGGCCUCACUGGAGCGUCUUCAGUUGGAUUAUAUUGACGUAUUGAUCAUCCACAGAGCUGAUGACAUGUGUCCCAUGGAAGGUAAUUGUUCCUGUUCAGAAUUGUUCAUCACUAUAGGUGGUUCAGGAGUGAUGGGACUAAUGGUCAAUUAUUAGCUGGUUCACCGGACA